AGAAAAAAGGGGAAUGUUUCGGAAGUGGCGAUUGUGCUGGUGUUCUCCCUCUGCGAGCUUCGAGCGAGCCAAACCGAAAUCAACUGUCAAACGAUCAGCUCUCAACGGGUAGGAAUCGCGAGAUAUAUGAUAUAACACCAUGAAUUGACAACGAUCGAUCGCGAAAACGAGCUGCAACUGCAAGAAUGACCAAGAAGCUCUCCCACAGCAAACUCCACAUGGAACUCGACCUUGACUCUUUUCUCGACUCAAUCUCUGAUGAAGAGUCCAAUUCAGUCCCUUACCGCACUAUCGAUGAAAUACUGAACGAGUCCGAUUCCUCUACCCCCACCUCCUCACCCCCAUCCCCACCGGCCAUUCACCUUCGCCGGCCAUCAGAUCUCCAUCACACACAAAAAGAAGCCGCUUUCGUCUCUUCAACAGAAUCGCUAAGACCCGCUCAAUCGUCUGUCGAUAACCUCGAGCAUUCGAGAAGGUCUAGUUCGUCUGCCCUGUUGAGACCCGGGGAGUUGUCGGGUGAUCCAAUUCGGAGAGUUCCUUCGUCUUCACGAAAUUUGCCGUCGCUGUUCGGCGGGGUAAGGGCAAACACGAAGCCAGGCGCCGCACUGGCGGCUGCAGUUGCAGCCUCGCGGUCAGUGCCGACCCCCCACGCGGCUGCGAUCAAGUCUAGGAGGGCUGGAAGUGGGCUCGUGCAAAAGGUGGAUGGUUAUGAUCGGGAGAUUGUGUCAAAUUAUUCCAGUGGGGACUCCGGUGUAGUUAGUGUAACCAGUAAUGGCUCCGGUGAUAAAUUAGCACAACAAGACGAUGAAUCCGCUGAUUUUGAAUCCGCUCUAGGAGAUAUUAAUAGUGAAUUUUGGAGGAAAGAAGGAGAAUUGGACAAGGCACGAGGCAGUGCUGAAGUAUCUGCGAGUGUAGAUACUGAAGGCGAAGUUAGGGAUUUAGAUCCCGGCUACGUAGAUAACGAUUUUCACAGUACAAGUACUUCGGUCGUUGAUUCCCAAGCUGAGCCACAGAAUGACUUUUCUUCACCUUACACUAAAAGUGACAACACUUUGGACGAUAACUCUGCAAAUUUGCAUUUGGAUGAAAUAGAAGGUGAGAAUGUAGUAGUAGGGGAUGAAAUUCCUAAGGUUUUGGAUACCAAUGAUUCUUUGCCCAAGAAUGAUAUGAAUGGAAAGGUUGAGGAGGAAUUGACUGUAGUGGCAAUGGAGCAAGAGAACAUGGAGAAGGACAUUCCUAGCUUUAAAGAUUAUGAAGUUGGUGUUGGAGGUGCUGAUGCCAGUUUGACAAGCGACAUUCCAGAUCUUGUAAAAGAGAAAAUCGAGCAACUUGAGAGUGAAAGGGUUAGUAGAAGAGAGGAACGGAAAUCACGGUCUUCCAUGAAGCCACUUGAAUUGGCUGAAGAACUAGAAAAGAGACAGGCUUCUACUGGUUUGCACUGGGAAGCGGGUGCUGCUGCUCAACCAAUGAGGCUUGAGGGCGUCCGCAGGGGAUCCACUACUUUGGGAUAUUUUGAAUUUGAUGCUGACAAUAUUGUUACACGGACCAUUUCAUCACCAGCUUUUAGACGUGAUCAUGGUUCCCCUCAAGUCUUGGCCAUGCAUUUCAACUAUAUUGCAGUGGGAAUGUCAAAGGGCAUCAUUGUUGUUGUGCCCAGUCGAUACUCUGUUCAUAAUGCUGAUAGCAUGGAUGCUUCUAAGAUGUUGAUGCUUGGUUUGCAUGGGGAUCGGUCUCAUGCCCCGGUCACUUCCAUGUGCUUUAACCAGCAAGGUGACCUGCUUUUAGCUGGAUAUGCGGAUGGUCAUGCCACAGUUUGGGAUGUCCAAAAGGGAUCAGCGGCAAAGGUCAUUACUGGAGAACAUACUGCUCCAGUUCUACAUACACUUUUUUUAGGGCAGGAUUCUCAAGCUACCCGCCAGUUUAAGGUGGUUACUGGUGAUUGUAAAGGUCUAGUUCUCUUACAUGCUUGCUCAGUAGUUCCUCUGCUUAAUAGGUUCUCCAUCAAAACUCAGUGUUUACUUGAUGGACAAAAAACGGGUACUGUAUUAGCAGCUUCGCCCCUUCAUUUUGAGGAAUACUCUGGAGGUGCUUUGUCAUCAUCUGUGGGAAAUUCAACAGUGUCAACCAGUAGCAUUGGUAGCAUGAUGGGAGGUGUAGUUGGUGGGGAUGCAGGAUGGAAACUGUUCAACGAAGGCUCUUCUUCAGUUGACGAAGGUGUUGUCGUAUUUGUCACCCAUCAAACUGCUUUGGUGGUGAGGCUCAGUCCUACUUUGGAAGUUUAUGCACAUCUUCCCAAGCCAGAUGGGGUACGGGAGGGUUCCAUGCCUUACACUGCCUGGAAAUGUACUUCUCAAUCAGCUGUCCCUUCAGAUGAAAAUAAUCCUGUGGAAGUCACAGAGAGAGUUUCAUACCUUGCACUUGCUUGGGACCGUAAAGUUCAGGUUGCAAAGUUGGUCAAAUCGGAGCUAAAAGUUUAUGGGAAAUGGUCCAUUGACAGUCCAGCCAUAGGUGUGGCUUGGUUAGAUGACCAGAUGCUGGUGAUUUUGACAUUGACAUGGAAACUUUAUCUGUUUGCAAAAGACGGCACUAUAAUUCACCAAACAAAUUUUGCUAUCGAUGGUACUGGGGGAGAUGAUCUCAUUGCGUAUCAUACUCACUUCUUCAAUAUUUUUGGAAACCCGGAGAAGGCUUAUCACAAUUGUGUAGCUGUGAGAGGUGCUUCUAUAUAUGUUCUGGGACCAAUUCAUCUCAUUAUUUCUCGCCUUCUCCCCUGGAAGGAACGUAUUCAGGUUCUGCAAAGAGCAGGCGACUGGAUGGGAGCCUUAAACAUGGCAAUGACACUGUAUGACGGGCAAGCACAUGGUGUUAUUGACCUUCCUAGGUCCUUAGAUGAUGUACAGCAAGCAAUAAUGCCAUAUCUGGUAGAGUUGCUACAAUCAUAUGUAGAUGAAGUCUUCUCCUAUAUUUCAGUGGCAUUUUGCAACCAAAUUGGGAAAAUGGAAGAAGAAGAUGAUUCAAAGGGUAGGAAUAGCUCAGUGCGGUCUGAAAUAAAGGAGCAAUACACUCGUGUUGGUGGUGUUGCUGUAGAAUUUUGUGUCCACAUUAUGCGAACUGACAUUCUUUUUGAUGACAUUUACUCCAAGUUUGUGGCUGUUCAGCACAAAGAUACUUUUCUGGAGCUUUUGGAGCCAUAUAUAUUGAGGGAUAUGCUUGGAUCUCUACCUCCGGAGAUUAUGCAAGCACUGGUAGAGCAUUAUAGCAGCAAGGGCUGGUUGCAGCGAGUCGAACAAUGUGUCCUCCACAUGGACAUAUCUUCAUUGGAUUUCAAUCAGGUUGUUAGGUUAUGCCGAGAGCAUGGAUUGUAUGGUGCCCUUGUAUACCUGUUCAAUAAAGGAUUGGAUGAUUUCAGAACACCUUUGGAGGAGCUGUUGGUGGUUUUUAGAAGUAGCCAAAGAGAAAGUGCUACUGCCUUGGGGUACAGAAUGCUUGUUUAUUUAAAGUACUGUUUCACAGGUCUUGCUUUUCCACCAGGACAAGGAACUCUUUCUCCUGCACGCUUAGCAUCUCUCAGGACAGAACUUGUGCAAUUUUUACUGGAAAAUUCUAAUGCCAUGAAUUCGCUAGCAGUUUCAAGCUUGUUAUCUGGAGGAGCAUACCUGAACCUGUAUCAUCUCUUAAAGUUGGAUACUGAAGCUACUUUAGAUGUUCUGAAAUGUGCUUUUGUUGAUGAUGAGCUCACAGAAGUUGACCUUUCUUUACAUGAUUCCUCGAAUGCAAAUGUGGAGGAGGAGAAAAAAGCUGAUAUGGCGGCUCGGUGGCAGAAUUCCGUGAUUCAGAAUACAAUAGAUGCUCUGGUUUACAUAGUUGACAAGGAUGUUUCUCAAAAGGAUGAAGAUGCUAGUACUGAUAAUAGUGGAUUAGUAGAAGUAUGGCCUUCAAAGAAAGAUGUCGGUCGCCUGUUUGAAUUCAUUGCAUACUAUGUUGCAAGUAGCAGAGCUCAUGUCACGAGCAGUGUGCUGGGUAUGAUUCUGGAGUAUUUGACAUCAGAAGACAAUUCUUUUCCAAUUGCUUUCAGACAUAGUAUGAUAACUUCGAAAAGGAGAGAGAAGCAGGUACUUGCACUUCUGAAAGUUGUGCCUGAGACUGAUUGGAAUGCCUUUCGUGUGUUGGACCUAUGCGAGAAAGCUAACUUUUUCCAGGUUUGCGGAUUAAUUCAUACUCUCAGGCAUGAGUACCUUGCUGCUUUGGACAGCUAUAUGAAAGAUUUGGAGGAACCCAUACAUGCCUUCUCCUUUAUCAACAAUACAUUAUUGCAGCUGAGUGACAAUGAACGUGAAACUUUUCAGUCAGCUAUCAUUUCUCGGAUUCCAGAGCUAGUUGGUUUGAGCAGAGAGGGUGCUUUCUUCUUGAUCCUUGAUCAUUUUCAUAAUGAAGGUCCUCAGAUUCUCUCUGAACUUCGGUCCCAUCCAAAAAGCCUCUUCCUUUAUUUAAAGACAGUGAUUGAAGUUCAUUUGUCUGGAAUGUUGAACUUUUCUGAUCUUAGAAAAGGUGAUACAAUGGAAGUUUCCAAUGGAACAAGGAUGAAAGAUCUGUCAAAAGGAUUUGAGGCUUACUUGAAGAAAAUCUCCGAUUUUCCAAGGUUACUACGUAAUAAUCCUGUUCAUUUGACUGAUGAUAUGACAGAGCUUUACUUGGAGCUAUUAUGUCAGUAUGAACGUGAUUCAGUUCUCCAAUUCUUGGAGACUUUUGAUAGCUAUCGGGUGGAACACUGUUUGCUUCUUUGUCAGAAAUAUGGCAUCAUUGAUGCUGCUGCAUUUUUGCUAGAAAGAGUUGGUGAUGCUGGCAGUGCUCUGUUACUUACACUUUCUAGCCUUAACGGUAAAUUUGUUGAACUUGGUAUUGCUGUGAAGACUGCUGUUUCAAAUGUGGCUUUAAGUGACCCUGCAAGUUUGCAGUGUUUUAGCAUUAUUUCCAAGAUAAAUGAGGUGAAGGUCGUGCGUAGUAUAUUGCAUGCCUGCAUUGGAUUGUGCCAGCGCAACACCCCUCGUUUAAAUCCUGAGGAGUCAGAGACACUCUGGUUCACAUUACUUGACUCAUUUUGUAAGCCUUUGAUGGAUACACAUGUUGAUGAAAUGGAAUCUAAAAGAGAAAAUCAUGUGAGAAUUGUUGCUGAAUCAUUGGGCACAGUAAAGGAUGAAGAGGCACACAUUAUCAAGUGGAAAAUCUCAAAAUCCCAAGGGGUUGCUCAUAUAUUGAAGAAAUUAUUCUCUCAAUUCAUCAAAGAGAUUGUUGAGGGAAUGAUGGGAUGUGUUCGCCUUCCAACUAUCAUGUCUAAACUCCUUUCUGAUAAUGCUAAUCAGGAAUUCGGCGACUUUAAACUUACAAUACUAGGCAUGCUUGGGACGUACGGCUUUGAACGGAGAAUUCUGGACACUGCCAAGUCUUUGAUAGAAGAUGACACGUUCUAUACUAUGAGCUUACUUAAGAAGGGGGCCUCUCAUGGGUAUGCCCCACAGAGUCUACUAUGUUGUCUUUGUAACUGCCUGCUUUUGAAAAAUUCUUCAAGUCCUGAAGUGCGAGUUUUCAAUUGUGGCCAUACAACUCAUCUUCAUUGUGAAAUUCUGGAAAAUGAUGUCCCAAGUCGAGGCAUUCCAUCUGGAUGCCCUGUUUGUAUGCCCAAGAAGAAUAAUCAGAGGUCCAUAAAAAAUUCUGAUCUCACUGAGAAUGCUCUAGUAUAUAUGUCUCCGUCAAGGUCCCAGCAAGUACAAGGAGGCUCUGCUUUGAACUCACAUGAAAAUGACUCAUUAGAAAAUUCCUAUGGGCUUCAACAGAUAUCACGGUUUGCGAUCUUAACUAAUCUUGAGAAGGAUCAGAGAUUAUUCCAAAUUGAAAAUUUGCCUCAGCUGAGGCUUGCACCUCCAGCUUUAUACCAUGAAAAGGUAAAGAAAAGCGCAGAUCACUUCAGAGCUGAAAGUAGCAGUGGUCUUGGAAAAAUUGAAAAACCUAACAGAAACAGGCAACUCAAGGAUUUGAAGGUUAAAGGAUCAUCUCUUCGGUUCCCAUUAAAAUCAAAUAUAUUCAGCAAGGAGAAGACAAGGAAACACUGAGAGUGAUAAUCUUGUACAGGCUAACAAUACUGCAAAUUCUAACCAGGCUUUGUGCAAUAGCUGAUGAAUAACAUAUGUAGAUUGAACUGUAUCAGCUGAGUUUUUGACUUCCACAGACACCUAAUAAUUUUUGUCUAUAACAACUGUUGUUAAAUUACUUUACUUUGUAAAUUAUAAAAAUUCCAUAUUGUUGAGAAAAGCUUGUUUUAGUGUAAUCUAAACCCAAUGAGUUAAUGAAGGAAUUUUGCCUCUA